UGAGGCGCGAGAUGGAAAAAGAGGCGCCCGAGUGGGUGGCCGGCGAAGGGGAAAGAAACGCCGAGGAGCCCGUGGUGUCGCUGGCCGAGGUGCUGGCCGAGAGCGACGAGCUCGAGAAAGAGGCGCGCGCCGUGUUGGGCGGGAGCGACCACGAGCGCUGCAGCUAUUCUCAGGGAGCUGUAAAGAGGCAAGCCCUGUACGCGUGCAGUACCUGUACACCAUCAGGAGAAGAACCAGCAGGGAUCUGUUUAGCAUGCAGUUAUGAAUGUCAUGGAACUCACAAACUAUUUGAGCUGUAUACAAAAAGAAACUUCCGCUGUGAUUGUGGAAACAGUAAAUUCAAAAAUCUGCAGUGCAAGCUACUUCCUGAAAAGGCAAAGUUGAAUCCAGCAAACAAAUAUAACCACAAUUUUUAUGGCUUGUAUUGUGUCUGUAAAAGACCUUACCCAGAUCCAGAAGAUGAGAUUCCAGAUGAAAUGAUCCAAUGUAUAAUUUGUGAAGACUGGUUUCAUGGAAGGCAUCUUGGAGCUGUUCCUCCAGAUAGUGGGGACUUCCAUGAAAUGGUGUGUCAGGCAUGCAUGGAUCGCUGCCCAUUCCUAUGGACUUAUGCCUCUCAGUUAGCAGUUCCCACUGUGACCAAAGUUACCCCCGCUGCUGAAGAUGGCACUGUGCUGAAUGUCGAAGAAGUAGAAGAGAUUAAAAAAGAAAAUGGUGCAGACUGUCAUGAAGAAGGGAAAGUAGCGUCGAGUAACGAGCCAUCCACCAGCUCUGGCUCUGAAUGUUCGGAGGCGGUUAAGAAUGAAACCUCCACCUGCAGGCUGCGAGAACUUCAAACCAAGCAACACCAAAAGAACAACACAGCCACCUUUUGGCCUCACAACUGGCGGAGCAAAUUGUGCACUUGCAACGAAUGUAUGAAAAUGUACUUGGAUCUGGAAGUCUUAUUCCUCACAGAUGAAUGUGAUACAGUCUUGGCCUAUGAAAAUAAAGGGACGAGUGACCAGGAAGCGGAAAAGAGAGAUCCCCUGAUGGACACCCUUAGCAGCAUGAAUAGGGUGCAGCAAGUGGAGCUCAUCUGUGAAUACAAUGACCUGAAAACAGAGUUAAAAGACUAUCUGAGAAGGUUUGCAGAUGAAGGGACUGUUGUUAAGAGAGAGGACAUUAAUCAAUUCUUUGAAGAAUUUCAAUCUCGAAAGAGGAGGAGGACAGACCGAAUGCAGUAUUACUGCAGCUAGACGGGCUUGGAAGUCAACGGACAAGCUUUUUCAGGCGUCUCUACUAGCUUU